AUGUCGGCGGACGAGCGAGCUAUUCGCGCCAAGCAAAAGCGGGCGGACGAGUUGCGCGCACAAGAAGUCUUCAUGAAAAAGAGUACCGGUAAGCACAAGUGUACCAACUGUGACUGGGAAUUUGACGUAGAAAAGGGAGAUUCCAACAUGAUUGGUGGUAUGAUCAAGCCCGGAACACCCUUUGCCGAGCUCCCGAGCAACUGGCGUUGCCCCGUGUGCCGGGCGUCGAAGGAUGCUUUUGAAGAGGUGGUCGAAGAGAUUCCGGGGUUUGAAGUCAACCAAGGUUACGGGUUUGGAACUAACUCAUGGACGUCGGAGCAAAAGAACUUGGCCAUCUUUGGUGGACUGGCAGCCUUUUUUCUGCUCUUUCUUUCCGGAUACGCCAUGUCCUAG